AUGGCUAACAUCCCGCAAGAUGAAUCCCUCAAGAGAUCACCCUCAUCUCAUGCUGAGGGUACCAGCACCGCCUAUCAAAGGAUGCCCGAAACGCUUUUGCAUCUUAGCGAAGAGGAGCUCGCGACGAUGAACAAAAAGCUGGUUCGCAAGAUCGACUCCAUUAUUCUUCCUAUCAUCGGUAUACUGUACAUUCUUAACUACAUUGAUCGUCAGAACCUGGCAGCGGCCAAGCUCCAUGGCAUCACUGACGACCUCAACAUGACGACCGAAGAAUUCGCUACCGCUAUUUCGAUCCUCUUUGUCGGUUACCUACCAUUCCAAAUCCCGAGCAAUCUUAUCAUUGCAAGAAUCCCUCGGCCGGGCAUGUAUAUCUGUGUUGCUGUGGUUAUCUGGGGCACUAUCUCCGGUUGCACUGCUUUGGUCAAGAACUAUGGGCAACUCCUCGCAGUCCGAGCCAUUCUCGGUGUUGCCGAGGCUGUCUUCUUUCCAGGUGCGAUUUACUAUCUCUCAGCGUGGUAUACCAAGACCGAGCUCGGAAAACGAAUUGCCAGUCUGUACAUUGCCCAGCAGGUCGGUAACGCAUUCGGAGGCCUUUUUGCUGCCGCCAUCUUCCAGCUGGACGGUCGACACGGUAUCAGGGGCUGGCAGUGGCUUUUCAUCAUUGAAGGUGCUGCCACGGUUGGAAUUGGCGCUAUUUGUGCCUUUUUUAUGCCCGAAUUUCCUUACAACAGCCGCAUCCUUUCCCCAUCCGAGCGAGACCUUGCUGUCUGGCGUAUCGAGUCGACUACUGGCGCAGCUGAGGGGUCAGAGAAAGAGAGCACCCUGCAAAGCUUUGGAAAGGCCCUGUCUGACCCCAAGCUUCUGCUUCUCAUUCUAUGCAACCUGCUUUCCCAGGCACAAGGCUCAAUCGCCAACUAUUUCCCCACUUUAGUUGCUUCACUCAACUUCGGUAGCACUAUCAGCCUUCUCCUCACUGCACCACCUUACAUCCUGGCUGGUAUUGUUUACUGGGUGCUGAUGUGGUACAGCGACCGCAAGAACACGGCAUACCCCAUCAUUAUUGGAUGCAUCGCCAUCGCCAUUGGCAUGUACAUCAUCCCCAUGUCUACAGUCAACGUCCCUGCGCGCUACUUCUCUAUGAUGAUUCUUCCUUUCGCAUCUGUCGGACCUCAACUGGUGCUAUAUAAGACUAUCAACCUUCAUCUCGCGCGCCCUGUCUCUAAGCGCGCCGCUGCAUCUGCUCUAGUCAAUGCUAUUGGUGGCACUUCUAACAUCUGGGCUUCUUACCUGUACUAUGCCCCUCCUCACUUUUAUGCAGCAUUUGGUACUCUCAUGGCCUGCGCAUUUCUAUUUGCAGGAGCUAUUACUCUCUACCGCUGGUUAGUCCUGCGUGAGAAUAAGCGACUGGACUCUGGUGACCCCGAGGAGAUAGCCAAGGUUAUCAAGGGUGGUGUUACCGAGGAAAUGGUUCAGCUUGGCUGGCGCUACGAAAUGUACUGA